UAUGCAUUCUCUUGCAGCAAAAUGUCUACUUUAAAGUUUAAAUUUAGUAAAUUAGGUACAAAUACUUACUAUUCUUCUGCAGGCUUCCCCCACUCUCUGAGCAUUGUCAUCCUAGGAUGAACACCAGCAUGUACAGCUUGGGGUUCACAGGGAGCCAGGGGCAGACUGACCAUUUGGAAACUCGGGCACUGCCCGAGGGCCCGGGGUCAGUAGGGGGCCCCAUGAAAUGCCCCUGGUACCUUUUUCGUAGGCUUUUUUGAGUUUGGGCAAGGACACAGGGGCCCCAUGAUCCCCUAUUGCCUGGGGGCCCCAUGA